AUGCGCGCGUUGACCCGCAACGAGCCGCUGGAACGCCACAAUCUGCCAGGCAGCGCUCCCGGUGUAGUAGUGGACGGAGCUGGGUCGACUGAAGCCAAUGGCAUCUAUGUUAGAACUGGCUUCAAGGUAGCCAACACCGAGGUUUUCCAGAAGCGCGGAACCUGUUUGGUGAUGCUGAAGCGAGGUGAAGACCUGAACUGGAGCCUCAUCAAUCUGAACGGCCUCAGGGGCAAGAGUGACAAGGCCCCCAAAGAAGAGGACAUCAGCUCCGGGGUCUACACAUUCUCGCCAGCAAAGCUCAGAUGGAACCCGAACUCGACCACCUUGUACCAGGUCGCCCCAAGCUUGCACAGCAGAGACAAUCUCCUGCCACCGCACGUGGGGUGGACGGUUGUGGAUGGGCUUUCUCCGGCCCCCAGCGUCAACUUCUGCACCUCCGACAGUCUCAGACCCGAGAAGUUGCUGGCAGCUGCGAUCCCCGGGAAGCUCCUGACACGGAUUGCAGAAACUGCUCCGACCGUCGCGAAAGUGCAGACCUCCAUCCAUCAGGCUUGGAGGACGGAUGCGCAGCAGACGCUCCCGCGUAUACUGCGAUGGGGGACCAGCGAGACUUCCAAAGCUCGGAAGCAAGUGAAGGUGAAGGGAGAAGGGCGCUUGGCUCAAACCCUUUCGUUGCCAGAUCUUCGCAGCCCGGCUGCGUUGCUCAUGCCCGAGGGCGAAACCGUCAUGGUGAUCUACAGCUUGGUCAUUGGAAGGCCCAGCUUCCACUUCGACUGGGGGCUCUCCUUCCACGAGAAGGAGCUCCGAGACACAGGCAGAAGGAUCGUGGAAGCGGUGGAGCCAAAUUCUCCGUUCGACCGCUGGAACAUCUGGCAGAUGGAUGAGGACGAGAAGGAUGAGCAGGAGGAGGAAUCUGUUCUGCAGCGGGAGAUCUCUGUCACAGGCGGCGAAGCACGGUUGUUGGGUUUGGCCCUGGCGGACGUCUAUGGCACCCGGGCCAAGAACGGGCUUAGCCACGCCAAGGACUACUACUUGGAGCUCCCUCCAGUUUCUUGCUCCAUGCAGAAAUGGAGUGAGCUCGCUUGUUUGGCGCGAGAAGGUGCUGUGGCCUGCUGCCCGACUGCUGCAGCAUUUUUCGACGGGCUCUGUGAAGGUUUGGGCUGGGACGUCUACGAGUCGCUCUUGGACUUCGAGAUCUACACCCUUGAGCUGCAGCGCCGAGAGCGCGUGCAAGCUCGAAUCCGUCCCCCGACCGACACGUCCAGCAGCUCCGACAGUAGCGAGAGCUUGGUUCUCGAUGCAAGCACUACAGAGGAGGAAUCUGAGGUCUCGGGCACCGGGGCUGUCGACACAGAGGCCUCUGAGCCGUCAGGGAAGCGCAAGAAGCCGCACACUGGCCGAUGCACUGGCUUUGCCAUUGCCGGUGAUUCGAGCAAGAUCGGAGGCGUCGGUGACGCUGUGCUAGUGUCACAAACAGUGGAUCUUCCUGGGCUUCUUUACGGUUUUGGAGAUUUCGACUGUGUGCUGCGGCUGCAGCUGCCUGGUUUGGAAGUUCUGGCAUACGACUGUGACGGCAGGUUCUGUCCGGUGGGAAUGAAUUCUGCUGGCCUGGGAGUCUGCGUGUUUAACCUGCACGACAGGCAGACAGACGGCUUCGAGAAGCCGUCGAUCAGCGUGCAGACCUUGGUCUGGGAACUACUGCUUUGUGGCCACACAUUGCGCUCGGCGCUGGCGUGGCUACAGCAACUGAAGCUGCCGCCAAUGUGCGGCAGCGGACUGCUUCUUGUGGAUGCGAGCGGCGCUGCCACGGUAGAGUUGAAUCCAGGUGGCCCUGUGAUCGGCGAUGUCCACCUGGAAGACCCGGUUCUGCGGGCCAACCAUCCGAUUCUGUCGAAGUCUGCAACAACAUUUGGGGCCGGCAAAAAAGCUCGGCGUGAUUCGGAACGCCGCCUGCAGGCAGUGGAGGCGGAGCUGGAACGGCGAAAGGACGCAGAUGCAAAGGAGCAGUUUGAUGGCGGCGCUGCCAUCUCUGUUCUGCGGAAGGCCAAGAAGGUCAGAAAUAUUGCCACCCUGGCGGUCAUUGGUCUCGAUCUACUGCGAGGCCGGCUUCUUGUUGAGUUCCGAGAGCGGCAGUCGGUCUCAAACGUCGAGGCUGCGCGAUUUGCUGUGGAGUUUGGCUUGGCGCCCAAGAUUGUGGAUCGUGCCCUGUUGCAAGGAGGUCUCCAGAUGGAGACCAAGAGGCUCCGCAUGACCAGCGGUGAAUCAGGGCUUCACGUCACCCGUUGGACUCGACAUUGCUUUUCGCUCUCGACAGACGAG